AUGAGUAGUCCAGCAAGAGAUUACCCUCUCUCUCGGUCAAGAAUUGAGACUGAGACAUAUUCACCGAUGAUUGUUGAUGAUUUACUAAGCGGCCUCAAUGAGUGAAGAAGCGUUCAAGACAUCAUAAGACUGACUUUCAAAGCAUUAUCAGAUGUAGUUAAAAGCCAAGGUGGCAGUAUUAAGGAUCUUGAACUCCAAAUGCCUUCAAAAGCGUCGAAAGCUGAGCUAAAUUCAGGACUGGCUAUGAAAGCCAAUAUUUCUGAUAUAUCUCGCACUUUUUCCGAACUGCGCAGUUCUUUGGACUCAAAAGCAACCAUUGAUGACGUUUAUCCUUUGGUUGAGGACAAGGUCUCUCGCAGUGAUCUUCAAUACUUGUUAGGCAAUAAAGUAAGCUAUGAAGAGCUUAGAACUGCACUUGAAGCCAAGGCUGAUUUAAGAGAAAUUCAAUCAGAAGUCCGAGCAUUGCGUGCUGCAAUGGAAGAAAUGCAUGAAGAAACGUACCGGAAGCUUCAGCAGUGUGCUAAUGUAAGAGAUAUCCAAAAUAUCGAAAAGCAGCUAGAAAUCAAAGCAAAUAUUUCAGAUGUAAAUGAAGCCUUACAAGAAAAAGCCAAUAAAGAGUCAGUUGCUAAUGCUCUUCACAGGAAAGCGAAUAGAGUUGAUAUUGAUGCACUGUUAAGUAAAAAGGCAGAGCUCAUUGAGCUGAAAAAUUUAGAAAGGGUUGUAGAUACAAAAGCAGAUAUCAGCAACUUUGAUUUAUUAGCAAGAGAAGUUGAGCUGAAAGGAGAUAGAGCUGAAAUCACAAAAUAUAUCACCUAUGAGCUUUCGAAAAAAGCUGAAAAAACAGAUAUAGAUGGAGUAUUAGGAAGUCUAAACAGCUCGAAAAAAGAUACAGAGUCAAAAACAAGCCAGAAGUUUUUAGAGGUUGAGCAAUAUUUGAGCAACCUAAAAGUGGAAUAUGAUAAAAUGCAGGCAAGCAUUUCUGCUGCUUUAGCAAGAAAAAGUGACGUCAGGGAUUUUGAAAAGCUGAGUCAACUGGUUGGGAAAAAAUCUGAUUCAGAAAAUGUUGGAGCAGCAUUGGGGAGCCUUAAAGCAGAAGUUUUAGACUUAAUAAACGGUCUUCAAUCGCAACUUAAGUAUGAGAGCCGCAGGAUUGAAGAAUAUUUUACCGAUAAAACUGAAAAACUUGGAAUGAAUGGGAAAAUUUUGGAAGAAGAAAUUGGAAAAGUGAAGGCCAUUUCUCAAACUUCAAGCAGUCAAGGCAAAGCUGAUCUCGACGAAAGCAUGAAAUAUGUACAAAAUGUGCUAGCUUCUAUUAAAAAUGAAGAUAUCAAAGUCCUUAGACAUGAAAUAGCUGCUGUUCAAAGAGAUGUGGAAGAAUUGCAUGCCAGAAAGUCAGACAAAGCAGAGACUUUGAAAUAUCUUGAGUCCAAGGCUGAUAUAAAACAACUUCAAGAGUCUCUUGAUAAGCUGUACAAAAUUAAGAUUAAGAUUAAGAUUUUUUGAUUAUAAGCGGGAUUCCCACUAGCAUAACUACCUAGACUCCAUAAAGGAGGACUAAUCUUGGUGCUCAUAGACCAUAGUGCAAAUGAUGGAAGGUCCAACUAAAAUUCCACCUCUUGAAUUUUCUGGCCAAACUCACCUAACCUUAGGAUCAGCUCCCUAGGCUAGAGCCAUCCUCUGUAGGGUGCCCCAAUAAUUCCAAUAGACGGGGACUGUGUGAGAAGCAAACCUGUCUAGCCAAUUUGGCAGAGGGAGGAAAAUCUUCAGGAGGAACAAAACUUCCCUCUUCGGUAAGGCAUCUCUCAACGUCACCAUUUUAUUUCUAUAAUCUGUACAAAGUUAAAGUUAAAAAUUAUAAGGCCAUGAGCAGAUAGACCCAUAGUCUGCCUAUCUGGUAUAAAAACCCACCUAACCUAAGGAUUAGCUCCUUAGGUUGGAGCCACCAAUAAGCAAAGACUAAACCUGUCUAGCCAAUCAGGCAGGUACAGGUGAUGCCUUCAGGGGAGAAGCAAAACUUCCCUCUUCGGCAGGGAUCUCCAAAAUCAAGGCCUACUUCAAAAAGUGACUAAGGCACUAAAUUUAGCUUACCUGUUUCAUAGAGAGUUUGCCUCGGAGUCAAUCUUCAUCGACGUCAUCAUUUGAUUUCUAUAAGCUGUACAAGGAAUCCAUUAGAGAAAUCAGAGACAACAAAGACGAGGUGACUAACUUAAUUCUCCGCAAGGAAAGAGAUCUUGCAGCCUCUAUUGACAAAAAGGCUUCUCUAGGUGAUGUCAAUUCUUUUGUGUAUGAAAAAUCAGAAAAUCUACUCCAAAAAAUAAAAUCUGAAGAUUUAGAGUCACUAAAAACUUACUCACGAUCCCAAGGAAUAGAUUUGGAUUCCAAAAUAAGAGACCUUCAGAAAGUUAUAGAUCAUAUCAGCAAGGAGUUUGUUGCUCGUUCUAACAUAAAGGAAAUUUAUUCUCUAUUGGACCUUAAAGCAAACUCGGAUGAAGUAAAUAAAAUUAUCCAAGGAAUCCAUAGAGAAUUAGACCUAAAAGCAGCAAACGAUGACCUAAACGUCCAUAUCAAUGAGCAGUCAAUUCUUAACGAACUACUAUGUGCAGAAAAUUGUGUAGCAAGGUGGAUAUGGAAAUCUGGAGAUCUUAGAGCUGGAAAUUCAAUACCUUGGGAAAUCCAAAGUGUCAAUACGUGUCCUGAUAAUUUCUUGUGGGAAAAAGAAAAGACCAGCGUUUUGACGAUAGCGCCAGGACUUUAUGAAGUAAUUUACGGAUUUUUCAGUAGGGUCAGACCAAUUGUACAGCUGCUGGUAAACGGUCAGCCUGUGCUUACCGAAUGCCAAAACGAAGGGAAAAUCUGGGGAAGACACCCAGACGGCAAUAUUAUUGGAUACACGAUAAAAGAUUUUAUAGCCUUGCCAGCGAGAGCUCGCAUAUCUAUAGUCUAUUCAGGAGAUUUAGAAGUCGAAGGGUUUUUAGGAUUACGAAAAUUAUAG